UUCAGUCAAAAGGAUCUCGGGAAAUUUAUUCUGUUGCUGCCGUUCACGUUCUUUAAGAUGAGCCUGCCACAAAUGGUGAGGUACUGGUAUCCAAACAGGACAGAAGACCUUGUGGAUCUGAUGGUGGAUGAACUUGGUCAUCAGUCUGUGGAGGCGACCAUGGAGGUUUUAACAGACAUGAACAGACCUGAUCUGAUGCUGAGGCUGUCAGAGAGCAGCUCAGGACGAAAAACUGAAAGAAGUUCAGAGCUUGAAGGUUGUCAGAGCCUGACGCAGGACUGCAGUGAUUGGACUAAACUUGAACCUGAGGUGAACAGUACAGAUGCAGACGAGGCUCCAACUUACAGCCUUCAGUCUGCAGCAGGACACUUUGAAUGCAGAGUGUCGGGCUUGCGCUGGGUCUGUAAGGGAAAGACCAGCUUUCAGUACCAGUUUAGAUCUUGGGAGGGACACAUGGAGAGGAUGGAGAGCAGACAAUACAUGCCUGCAGGUCCUCUGAUGGACGUCACAGUCACUGCUGGGAAGUUAAAUGAAGUUCACCUGCCACACUGGAUCUGCAUCGAUGACAUCCCUGACAUAUUGGACACGUUUGCAGUCCUUCACAUAGAUGACUGUGGAGAUGUUGUGGAAAAAGUGUCUGAGGUCACACCAACACAUGUCAAGUUAACUGAACCGAUUUUCUCUCCGAGAGCGGUCCUGAUGAAACUCGGCGUUCCUGUGAAAAUCGGCUGCAACGUGUUGAUCUAUCAGACCAACACAGCUUUCCUCACACUGCAUGUUUAUCUGAUCCCACGUGAUCCUGGGCUACAGCAGGUAAUGAAGCAGAGGGAAGUGCCCCAUGGAUACAAAGCUAUCCUGAAGCCAGAUCCAGAGAAGUCCUUGAAAAUUCUUGAUCGUUUCACACUAACAGCAGAUGUGGAUGGUGCAGAAAUCUGUCCUGAAGAUUUAAAGCUCAGAUAUCCAAGUGGAAAGCCAAAUUUCUUUGAAGUUUACACUGAAAAUCCAGAUGGAAACUUCCACCUUAAACUCACAUCAAAAAAAGAUCUUCAGCCAGUAUGGACCUGUACAGUUCGAAAAGCCGAAUACCAAAGCACUGAUCAAGCACAAGCUGCAGGAUCCUCAGUGGGAGCAGCUGCUGUCAGCUCUCAGUCGGCUGCUGCAGGAUCCUCAGUGGGAGCAGCUGCUGUCAGCUCUCAGUCGGCUGAGGAAAACACUGUGGACAAACAUCUGUCUGCACAGAUGCAGAAAGUGUUAACAGUCCAAUCAGACAGAGAGCGGAUUAUGGAAAUAUUAGAACAUCUGGAAAAGAAGGACCUUAAAAAGUUCAAGUGGCUUUUGGUGGAGCUCAAACCCAUCCCAAAGAGCGAACUGGAGGAUGCCAACAUCUGUGACCUGGUGGAUCUGAUGUUCGGGGCCUACACCCAACAUACUGUGGAGGUGACCAAGGAGGUUUUUAGGAAAAUGAACAGGAAUGAUCUGGUGCAGAAGUUGUCAGACACGAGCUCGAGAUCCAAAGACUGACAUCAACGUGAUGCUGAGAUCAGGUCUGUGGGUCUGACCAUCUGCUGCAGGACUCUUUAUGUCUCUGACUCUCUGUUCGGGCUCGCUGUCCUGCUGCAGGAUAGAUGCGUCACUCUUAGUCCUGGCGAUGGAUCAGAAUCUGUAUUUUAACAUUCGUGAGAUUCUAAACCUCAAACUCCAGAGUUGCAGCUGUGAACCUGCACAGAGCCUCCAUGAUGUUUCCCUUUUACCUGCACACACCUGAUCCAGACAGCGAGCAAAGCAACAUCUGUGUGAAUCUACACAGCAUGGCUUUGAUUUGGUGCUUGCUGCAUGAACUGAUCAACUCUGAUAAAUUAUUAUAUUUUCACUGGUGACAUGGGGCUAAAAAUAUGAUCAGAUUUAUCCACAUGUUUUCUUUAUUAAUGUGACAAUGUUGGUAUCUGUGGCUGUGUGGACGAUGAGAGGAAAUGUAAAAAGAAAUGAAUUUGUUUUAGUGGUUUUGUUUGUUUUUUGUUACUCAUAUGUAGAAUGACUGCAUCCUGAAGCACGGAGAGAUGAUUUUACAGUGAGUUCCUAUAUCUUCUGUCAUAGCAGCACAUUCAGUUUUUUCUAGCAGUACAGUGUGUGACAGACUUUACAGAGUUCCUGUUGUGCUUUUCUUCGUUCAUAUUCUUCAUAUUUCAUAUAAAUAUUGUUGUUUGAUGCUCAUAUUGAACAUGAUCUUUUUCCCUCUUCUUGUGGUCGUUGCUCCGUCUGGAGGAGAAAAGUUUCAGGACCAACUGGGUGAAGGUUUGACGUUACUGAGGAUUACAACACGUCUGUUUGUCAUAUUUUAAUCAAUGAGAAUUUUUUAAUUGGAUAAACAUUUGAGAAUUUGAUACUGUCAUGUAUGUGUUUGUUUUUUUGCUUUUUUACUAAUUAUUUUCAAAAUAUUCUUUUAUCUGAUAUAAAGAACUUUAAACCAAUCACUGCCUUGUUUGUCAAAGCUGCUGUACAAAUAGCUACAACAGUGAUGUCUGUUUACUGUAAGACGGUCAUUUUAAAAUGUUUUCUUAAUUUUAAAAACUAGAAUAAUCACCUCUGAA